AUGGCCUGUGGUAAAGAGUGCAUGUGCUUAGAUGCGCUUCCUGCUAAGUCUCUUUUCUCUUCCAUCGAUAUAAAUAAAGUAUCCGCAAUCAAUGAAAGAGUCAAAGAAAGUUGUGCAAACGUUCUUAAUAGAAGCUCGUCCGAGAGAGAGACAGAAGUCCAUGCAUAUUCAAAGGACAAACAAGGACUCGUCAUUAAAAUACCAUUUAUUUGCAAAGUGGCCCUGAGCAGGAUCGAAAUACGCACAUCGUUCAAGAAGAUCGAGGUGUUUACGAACAAUCAGUACGUAACACUCACAUAUAAACCUAAAAAUAAAGAAGAAUAUUCGCUUCCAGGCACUGACCACAUUCUACCCAUUGUACUGCCAGCAUACAAACACAAAUCAGUAGACACUCUAACGCUCCGACUGACGGGAACAGAUGAGCCGGGUGUGCUAAAGUAUCUGUGCAUAUGUGGGGCUGUGUCAGGUGUACUUCCCAAAGCGGUAAAUGUAACGUAUGAACUCUAUCCAAUGCCAGAAGACACUAAAGCACCCGAUGCAAAAGCAAAUAACAUGGAAAUAUACAGAGACUAA